AUGGAUAACGAACCGAUAAACGAGUCAUCGACAAAUUUUACGUUACCACCACGUCCCCCUCCAUUACCAAACACGUUUCUUGACUUACUUAAUAAUACUUAUGAUGACGCGGAUAUAGUACAUAUGCUUGCUGAAACAGCAGAUAUGUCUACUUUAGAAUCUUCGUCUACAUUUAUGGAUGAAAUUCCAGUAUUUAAACAACCAAACCCACCAGAAUUCAUGCCAUUCGAAGAUUUAUCUCAAGCAAUUGGGAAAGAUCUUACUACUGGUGAUGUCGUUCCUCAUUUAUGGCAAAAUUUGGAAAGUGAAUGGAAUGAAUUUAAUAAAGAUUUGAGAAUUACUAGUGGAAUAGGAAAAAUUCGGAAAGGAAGGAAUGGUCCAAGAACUCGCACUUUGUCACCUAUGUUAAAGAAAUUAUUAGGAGAUGCGAACUUACAUUAUGUCAAUAAAGAAUACCCUGAAGCAACUGCAAUUCUUCAAGAGAUUGUAAAGAUUGAUCCGAAUAUUCAUAUUGCUUGGUUUACAUUAGGAACUAUACAAGAUGAGAUGGGAUGUCCGGACAAAGCUUUGCAAUUAUACUUGGUUGCUGCACAUUUAACACCAAAAGAUGGUUCUUUAUGGAAAAGAUUAGGUUUGUCAAGCAAAAAUCAAAAUGCUCUUCAUCAAGCAAUAUAUUGCUUCUCCAAAGCGAUUAGAUGUGAUCCUAAUGAUGAAGAUGCAAUUUGGGAUAG